AAUCAGAGUCGUUGGUAGAAUUGGCUAAGUUUAUCAUGGCUUCGCAUCUGGGCAGCACUAAUGGAACACACACAAUGUUAUCUGUGAGAGUGUAGCAGGAGCCAGAUUUCCUGAUCUAAACAGCCAUAUCCUGCUUUAUGGGCAUAGGAAGUGACCAGGUCCAGCCUGUUCCCGCAGUGCGGAGGAGCGCUAUCCCCGGCAGGUCACAGCUCAGGGCAGGCACUUUCUUCAGUAAGAGAACAUAAGGCAGGCGGAGUCCGAUGAUGUCACAGGAAGCUCUUAUGUUUCCUGUUGAUGAUCGGAGACAUUCACUUUGGCGUUUUUAUACAUUGGGUCUUCUUCAUAUGACAACUGCGUUACCUUGUGGCGAAGACUGAAGCACUGAGGGCUGCCAUUGUCUUUCUUCCCGGGGAUCCGCUUGCACUGAGGGCUGUAAUUUAAGAAGAGACAACUUCUAUGACAUAUCUCAGCAAUGGGGAAAUAUCUUCUUGUAAUUCAUAUCUUAGUUGCUAUAAUAACAAGAACUCAUACAAUGAUUGACCAGAAGGAGGAGACUACUGAAUCAGUGGAGCAAGCUUUUCAAGCAGUUGGUGUUACAAGGAACAAGAUUAUGACUGCACAGUUUGAGUGCUAUCAGAAAAUAAUGCAAGAACCAACACACACAAAGGAAGGUCGGGUUUGUAAUAGAACAUGGGAUGGAUGGUUAUGUUGGGGAGAUGCAACAGCAGGAGACAUUUCUGAGCAACACUGCCCAGAUUAUUUUCAGGACUUUGAUCCCUCAGAGAAAGUUACAAAGCAUUGUGAUGCACAUGGAUACUGGUUCAGGCAUCCCGACAGUAAUAGAACAUGGACAAAUUAUACACAGUGUAAUGCCUUCACGAUUGAAAGAGUGAAGACAGCCCUCAAUUUGUUUUACUUGACCAUUAUUGGACAUGGAUUGUCGGUCGCAUCACUUUUGAUAUCUUUAGGAAUUUUCUUUUACUUUAAAAAUUUAAGCUGCCAGAGAAUUACCCUCCACAAGAAUCUUUUUUUGUCCUUUGUCUGCAAUUCAGUGGUCACAAUAAUUUCAUUAACAGCUGUGGCAAACAACCAACCUUUGGUGGCUACCAACCCAGUCAGCUGUAAGGUAUCUCAGUUCAUCCACUUUUACCUCAUGGGAUGCAAUUAUUUUUGGAUGCUGUGUGAAGGAAUAUAUUUACAUACACUUAUAGUAGUUGCUGUAUUUGCGGAAAAGCAGCACUUGAUAUGGUACUACUUACUUGGAUGGGGAUUUCCACUGAUACCAGCUUGUAUACAUGCUGUUGCUAGAAGUUUGUAUUAUAAUGACAACUGCUGGAUUAGUUCUGACACCCAUUUACUAUAUAUUAUUCAUGGACCUAUUUGUGCUGCAUUGUUGGUGAAUCUUUUUUUUCUGCUGAAUAUUGUUCGUGUUCUGAUAACAAAACUGAAAGUUACACACCAAGCUGAAUCUAAUCUCUACAUGAAAGCUGUGAGGGCAACUCUAAUCCUUGUGCCCCUUCUUGGAAUUCAGUUUGUAUUGCUUCCAUGGAGACCAAGUGGACGAAUAGCAGAAGAAGUCUUUGACUAUAUUAUGCAUAUUCUCAUGAAUUAUCAGGGAUUGCUGGUUGCAACAAUAUUCUGUUUCUUUAAUGGAGAGGUGCAAGCUGUUCUAAAAAGACACUGGAAUCAGUACAGAAUUCAGUUUGGAAAUAGCUUUGCACAUUCUGAAGGUCUCAGAUCAGCUUCCUACACUAUAUCUUCUAUCAGUGAAGCUCAGGGUACCACCUUCACGCAUGACUAUAGCAGUGAGCAUUCAAAUGGAAAAAACUACCAUGACAUGGAAAAUAUUUCUUAUAAACCAGAAAAACCUUAUAUGUAAUGUGUGUUUCUGCUCCAGCAUUACUGUUUAUGCCUGCUGCAUUUAUUAUUGGAUGUAACUGCUGUCUGAAUGCAAUAUCUACUUUUAAACAUAUAAAGUGUGUCUCAAAAUAUAUUUAUAUAUACUUUUUAUGCAAAGUAUGUUUGUUGUAAACUCCAUUAAAAUGUGUUUGCACUUGUUACUCUUCUAUAAGAGGUAUGUGAAUAAUGACUUCUUAUGUUGAUUUUUAAGUAAAAUAUUCUUUUUUUUUUUUAAGUGCCAGUACCGUAGGUUAUAUUUUCUCUUUUAUUACACAGAAAUGUUUAUCAUUACUAUGUAUUUUGAUGCUUACAUUUCAACUACAAUCUGCCGCUUACAGUUUGAUAUCUUGCCUGCAAGUUCUUUAUACUAUAAAAGCUCUUGUUAAAGGGAAAAGUAGAUAGUGUGCUAUUUUUUAUGUGAAAAAAACUAAUCUGAAACUAAAAACUAUUAUAUUAAAGCCAUACAAUAAAAUUGUA